UGAAACCUCUUCAAAGUGGCCUAGAACCUUCCACCACCGUAUUCUACCAUCCUUUUCGUGCUUAAAUCCCCCAGAACACGCCAUUCAUUUCUCACACACAGACUGAUACAAAGUAGCAAUGGCGAAGCGUCUAAUUCCAUGUCUCAACAGAGUGUUGGUCGAGAAGAUUGUUCCUCCUUCCAAAACCACCGCCGGUAUUCUUCUCCCUGAGAAAUCUUCAAAGUUGAAUUCCGGGAAAGUUAUUGCUGUAGGGCCGGGAACUCGUGAUAAAUCUGGUAACACGAUUCCGGUAUCUGUUAACGAAGGAGAUACGGUUCUCCUUCCUGAAUAUGGAGGCACGGAAGUAAAACUCGGUGAAAAACAAUAUCAUCUAUUCAGGGAUGAGGACAUUUUGGGAACUUUGCAUGACUAAGUCUUUUCUUUGAGAGGAUCUUGUUCUAAUGUUUAUGUUCAAGAUGUUAGACUGAUUAAAAGAUUUGUUAUGUUUGAAGGUGACAAGUGCAAUAACAUUUACCUGGUAUUUGAGCAAACAUUCCUAGUAGAAUCAAGAUUUUUGUUGUGAUUA